UAAUACCCAAUAUAACAUCCCAAUGAGUUCAAUUCUAUUUACUCCAGAAUAAUAGGUGAAAAUUUAAUAAGUCUCAGAAUUCUCCAAUCAAACAAAAGAAAAAGUCAUUUAAGUUUUAUAAACAAAUAACUGGUAAGUAGAAAGAGCUAUUGAUUUUUUAACGAAUGCAGGCGGGUAUAUUCCCGAUCCAAUUCCUAAUUCACCAGCAAAGCAUGCUAUAAAUUACGAUUAAAUUCCUAUCAAUCCUCUAUAACCUAAAAGAGGUUAAGGAGAUAAUUAAAUCUCUUAACUAAAGAUAGUAAAGAUAGAAAAGAAUGAUAUCUAAAAAAUAGAGGAGCAAUUAAGUUUGAUUUAGGAUCAAGUGAGGGAUACCUCUGAAGUUAUUCAAGCCAAAAAUCAAAUGCUUUAAAAAUCAUUGAAUAAGAACGUAGAUAAUGAUCUUAAAAGAAUUUAUCAAUACCCAGUUGGCUUAGCUAAUUUAGGAGAGAAGGGGUAUUUUAAUUGCAUAAUUUAAAUUCUGGUUUAGAAUCCUGUAUUCUUAGAGAAUGUAUUGAGUUGGUAAACGGGAUUGAGACCCAAUAAUCAGGAAGACAAAAAUGUAAUUUUAGAAUUAAACAUAGAUUUCCUUUAUGUAAGAAUUCUAAACGAUGGUGAGAAUGCUGACUUUUACUAACUAAAGGUUUUUGAAUCCUUCUAAAUUUAUUCAAUAAACAGCUGAUGUAAUAGAUAUCAUUACACAAACAAAAAUUUAAAAUAGAAAUUUAAAGCCUCAUGAAUUUUUCGAAAUAUUCCUCAUAACUUUAGAUGUAAUUUUAUGCAAUAAAGUCUAUGAGAAAAAGCAAUAAAAGAAACUAUUAGACCUAAUAUUAUAACCUCAAUUUUAGAUUGCUUUAUAAUAAUAGUAAUAAUUGUAAGUUAAUGAAAUUACUCUCAACUUCGUAAGAGAAGAUAGAUAUCUAUACAUAUCGCUUUUGAAACUAGUUUGUUAAGAUUAAUUCAACCGGUUUGCAAAGCUUCCUUAAACAUUCAGCUUUAGUUUACAAUCAAAUCAGAAUUCUAAUCUUUAGGAAUCAAUAAGUCAAUCAAAUGUUGAUUAUUGGUUUCCUUUGACAAUAAAUUUGGAAUUUCUGACUAGUGAAAAGUUGUGCAAGUAACUAGGCACUAAAUUGUUAAACGUAGUGAAUACUAAAACAAUCGAAGAAAUCAACAAAAGUAUAAAUGAAAUAAAUAUGUUUAAGAAUAGAUAUUAUUGAAUUCUUUGAUCAUAGUUGAAUAGAGUUAUGAAUAGAAUAAAAUUAUUCCUAUUAAUGUGAUAGAUUAAUUGAGAAUAGAAAGAAAGAAACUAUAAAGCGAGCUAUAGAAAUAUUUCUUGCAGAAUGAUAAUUAAUUAUAGAGUGACUAAAAUUAAGAUUAUUAGUAUUACUUACAUGCAGUAGUUAUUUAAAUAGGUAAAGAUGAUAAAUAACACUAUUAUGCUUAUAUUUACAAUUUUAAGCUAAAUCAAUGGUAUAGAUAUAACGAUACUGAUGUAAGAGUGGAAUCAGAUGAUGUAGUGAGGAAGGAUGCAUAAUAGAAUGGGUGUUUCUUUGUUUACGUGAGUCAAGAUCAGAAGAGGAGUAUAACAAAUCAUCAAGAUAGGCAGUCCAAGAUAGCAAAUAAUUUAGAUUAUGAGUAAGGCCUCAUAAAUUGGAAUGAUUUGGAGUUGAACAAAUUAAUUAAGCCUCAGAUUCCAAUAGAGAUUAAAAAGCUAAUCUAAAGUUAAAAUGAAGGCUUUAGAAACUUACAUCAAUGA